AAGAAACUGUGUUUUGAAAAGAUAGGGGGUCUCCCGUGUUUGGAACAUCGAGGAAAGAGAAAACGUUCCAGGGGCAAGUCUGGCAUUCAUGAAGGACUGGCUCACGUAAUCACGGCAUGCCAGCAAAACUGAACCUCUGGAGUUUAUAGUCGUCAGGUUAUGGUGUUUACCAUGGCUUCUCAAGAUGCUCAAAACUUCUUCCAGCCUCUUUCUUCUUGGAUAUCACGGAUGUAUGAAGCCUUUCAGCAAGUUGGAGAUACCUUAUCUGCUUCCUUGGCUCAUUUAAGUAAGCAGAACCCUCAGGUAAAUGGUGAGCUGGAUCCAGAGUUGAAUGAUGGUGAUGUUCAAGAGAGCAAUUUGGAAGAUGGAGAAAAACAAGAGUAUGCUCAAAACCAGGAUUACAUGGACUCUCUAUUGCUUGAAACUAACCAAUUCCCUAGGGGAAGUUAUAAUACUGACCUCUGGGACCUGAAACAAAGGCCUCUUGAAGACUCUACCAUAGCAUCCCCACAAUCCUGUCCUACGUGUGACAAACCAAAGCAGCCACGUAGGCUUCCUCCUGUUCUUGAGGAAGAUUGCUGCCUUGGAAAGAUGAAUGAGAAUCUUCAACAUGGCUUUGAGAACCAAGCUUCUGGAUCUUUAGAAAACAUUAGAGGAGAAGAGCAAGUUAACAGUUAUGGAGAAGAUGAAGAGCUGUCCACAUCUUCUGACAGUGAUGAGGAAAUGAUCAAACAAUUUGAGAUCUCUGUAUCCCGCUCACAGAGCUUCCAUUCAAGAAUACCUGAGAAAAGAAUGCAAGCAAGUUCAGAGAGAAAGUCAAAAUUCAACCGUUUACUGUCCAGCCAUAAAGAGAAUAGUACAGAAGCAUCUGAAUGUGAAGAUUUAGACUUAGAUGGAUUAAGUCAACCAAGCUAUCUAGAUAAUCUCUCUAAUGGAGAAGAUGAUCACAUUUCCGUGGAUUCAAGAACAGCAUCUGAGAGUAGGGAUGUUGGAGAGCAAAGAACCGGUAAAUAUGCAACCAUCUCGACUCAUAGCCUUGGUGUGCCAGCUACAGGAAGAGGUCGGGAGAUAGAGACAUCCUUUAGCAACCCAGGCUUUGAAGAACCUUAUUCUACUGACACUUCCUCAGCCUGGAGUCCAGAGGAGCAGGAUGGAUUCAAUGUUCCUCGCUUCCCUCCCAGUGUCCGUGAGCCUAUCUCAAAGUGUGGGGACUUAGAUGUCAUCUUUGAAUAUAAUCUUUCUAGACAAAAGCUUGCAGUGACCAUCAUAAAGGCCCAGAAGAUUCCAGAUAAAGACCGAAGUGGUGCCAAUGCAUGGCAAGUACACACUGUACUGCUUCCCAGCAAAAAGCAAAGGGGUAAGACCAGUGUUCAAAGAGGGCCCAUCCCAAUCUUCAAAGAGAAAAUAUUCUUUAGUAAACUGGAGCCUGAAGAUUUGGAGAGUUAUGCAGUCCGAUUCCGUCUAUAUGCCGUACUCAAGAUGAACAGAGAGAAGAUGAUGGGAGAAAAAUUGUUUCACCUUAGCCAGUUGCGCCAAGAAGAGAAAAUGAAAGUGACUUUGGUUUUGGAGCCCAGGAGUAACAUGAGUAGUGGAGAGUCUCAGCUCAGCCUGUCUGCAGUUUCUCACAGUGAUAGUGCUUCAUCCACACAGUCUUUGUCUCAUGGAGGGGUGCCAGAGCUCUUGGUGGGGUUGUCAUAUAAUGCCACAACAGGACGAUUAUCUGUAGAAAUUAUCAAAGGCAGCCAUUUCCGAAACCUUGCUAUUAGCAGACCUCCUGAUACUUAUGGAAAGCUCUUUCUUCUCAACUCUGUGGGUCAAGAGAUGUCACGUUGUAAGACAUCCAUUAGAAGAGGACAGCCAAAUCCCAUUUACAAGGAAACAUUUGUUUUCCAGGUAGCCCUCUUUCAGCUUUCCGAUGUCACUUUGAUGAUCUCAAUUUAUAACAGACGUACUAUGAAGCGCAAAGAAAUGAUCGGAUGGAUUUCACUAGGUCAGAACAGCAGUGGAGAAGAGGAACAAGAACAUUGGAAAGAAAUGAAGGAAACCAAGGGGCAGCAGAUCUGUAGGUGGCAUACCUUAUUAGAAUCCUGAUCAUUUGAACCAAAGUUCAUCUGUCUUAUCUUCCAGAUCACUGCUGGUGCCAGAUACCAAUUCAAUACAUAAUUUAGCAGGCUUUUCUAAGACAACUUGUCUGUCUUUGAUUUGUAAAUGGAGGCAUUGAACUUUUACCUUUCAAGCUUUUUAUGCUGAGUUUCUCACCUGAGCAAUUAAUUACUAAAAGUGAGAAAUACAAGAAGAUGGAAAAAUCUCUUUAAACACUGAUGCUAUCACUGCCCUUUUGAAUUAUUUUCAUCUGAUGCACUUCAAGAUUAAAUCUGAAUCAAUUACAUAUAAUUCUGUAUAUUUUGUCUAUGUUGAUGCUGCAACCUAAGCUCUCUUUUAUGAUCCUAUUUCCAAACUCUAGAGCAGCUUACACUCAGUAGGGGCUCAAUAAAUACUUUUACUUUUGAUUGAAUUGCUUCUUGAAAAUGUCUAUUUGCCAAGGUUUUUGAAUGAAUUAUAUUUUCAGGUAGCAUGGGCAGGCUCUAAAAUAUUUCUGCAAACAUUUUUGAAGUGCCUAUGAUUAUCAUCAUCCAGCUGAAUUUGCAUCGAUAACUUUUACUGAGCAUAAAUACCUAGAUUUUGUGAUAGGCAUGUAACCUGGACUGCAGACUGUUUCAUCAGAUUAUCAGCAUGAAUGUUGGUUAAAGGCUAUUUUAAAUAUUUUCUUAGCGCAUGUUUAUGUUCUGUCAUGUCUAAGGUUUUGAUUCCUAUGGCUUUAAAUUGACAAAAGGAAAAAAAAGCUAUGUGCAUGUACCUAAAUUGUAAUUAUAACAACUGUUUCAUUUGUCUCCAGAGUGAUAUCUGGUGAAGUCUUGAGCUACUAAAAAUGAAAAGAAAAUACUUUUUUUAGUUUCAUAUAGAACCACAUAUUGAAAGAAAUAUGAUAUCUAGUACAGGUAUUUCAUCAAUGACAAAAGAUGAAACUGAGACAAGAGAGGUCUCCAAGGUCACAUAGAUAAUAAAUAGCAAGAGCUAAGGGGAGGACCCAGGCAUUCUGAUUCCAAAUCUACCAUUCUUUUGCAUCACAGUUUCCUUAGUUGUAAGAGGAAGUUAAAAAAAAAGAAAGGAGAGCACAUUAAAUUAUUAUUGUGUGUCAUGGAUCUUCCGAUGAUGCCCAGGUCAGGUAUGAGGUAACUCUACUAUGAAUUUUUGCAACCAAUCUCUGCCAUAUAGAACACUAUAUAGCUAUUAGUGAAGUUGUCUGACAUUUGAAAAUUAGUGCCGAAACAGGCACUGGGCAGCCAGGUGGCACAGUGGAUAGAGUGCUGGGCAUGGAGUCAGUAAGACUCUUCUUCCUGAGCUCAAA